GAAAAUGCUAUUCACUGCGAAACACUAUAUCAGCUGAUUAAAGCAAUAACUUUGUUUUUGGAAAAGAAAACUCGGAAAAUCGUAACUCAAUAAAAUAAACAAUGGAUAAACCUACAACCAGCGCUGCAGCUGUCACGGCUCAAGAUCCCAAUCAUCUCCUAGACUCCCCACAACACGGUCCAACUUUGUCCAGCGCCUCCAGUUUCGAGGCUUUGACGCGACACGACCCAAAUCUAAGUCGACUGGCCACAAAAAUGUUUAACAAAACGGAGGAGUACAUCACCCACGAACUUAAUGCCCCUCUAGAGGAUUACAAACUGCUGGAAGAGAUGAACAAGGCUACAAUUGCCAAGUACAAGGAUAUGCGGCAGAUUGCAGAGAAUCUGAACACGUCGACCAGUGAAUUGAGGCUUAAGUUUCAGCAACUAGCUCCAUUGAUGCAGCAGAUUGAUGAGAUUUCCGAUACGGUCGACAAAUUGGAAGCAGCGGCCUACAAACUAGAUGCCUACAGCAUAGCCCUAGAAAACCGCGUCAAGUGUGUACUCCAGAGAAAAUCUGGAGGCGGCCAAGUGGCACAAUAAGACUUUUCAUAUACAAAGGCUUUAUGGUACAUUUAUUAUGGUAUAUUUAAUGUCAACCAAGUAAUAGUUUAAAUAUAAUCGCAAUUACAUUAAGGAAUAUUAGGGGAACUGCAAUGGAAAGAGAUUAAAUGUAAAGAACCUGUCUAUAAGGA